AAAUAGAAAAUAAAUCUGAUCAUUUUAUUAAAUUCUAAAUCUGUAGAAACCAGUAACAUUAUCUAACACGUUAAUUAAAAAUGAGUCUUUCAUGGAACAGUUUUGUUUUACUAUGCACUGUCGUACUAAGUAAAGCUAUACCGCUGCCUCAAGCUUCAACAACUUGUGACAACGGCAAAUACUACCCCGAUCCAAACAACUGUAAUAAAUUCUUUAUAUGCAGCAAUGGUCAAAAAUUAUCACUAAGUUGCCCUUUUUCAUUAGCUUGGGAUAACACCAUCAAAACAUGUUUAAAAAGCUCGACUUUGUGUCAAGUAUCUUCAUUGCAAGUUACUGAUUUGCCAUUAGCUGCUACUGUUGCAGCCCAAACCUUAAAUACUGCAACUCUCACCAAACCUAUACUUUCCAUUGCUACUGAAUCUCAGCAAAGCGAAACUCCGCAAGCUUUAACUUCUGCAACUGAAUUACCUCCGAUAAUUGAUACAGUUGCAAACAAAACUGAUAUACUCGCGCUUGCAACUGAUUCUCCACAAACAACCAAUAAUAUAUUAGAAAGCUUUUCUUUAAGUUCUAUAACAGUUGUAUCAAAACUUACUGCUUCAGUAAUGAAAGAAACUGAACAACUAACAACUGCUAGCGAAACUCCAAUAUUACCUACUCAGAUGUUAAGUGAUGCAACAUUAACUCCUACAACUCAUUCGUUUAUGUCUGAUAUUGCUGAUGUGAAUAUAACUGGUACUUUUGUAACUGAAUCUCCUUUGGUCACCACUCAUGUUGAGGAGUUGAUAUCCAAUUCUGCACAUGAUAUAGCAAAAAUUACCAUUUUACUUUUAAAUGAAACUGAACAACUUGCAUCAACUUCUUCCACUUCUGAUAUUGAGUUUCCUACAACUAUAAAUGCAGAUGCAAGCAAAACUGAUCUAGUUACGUUUUCAUCAGAACCUCUGCAAGAUGUCACUCAAAUAAUAAGCGAGCCAAGUUCAACUUCUGCAAUCGAUGUAGACACUACUUUAAAAAACUGAACAGCUUCUUGCUGAACUUUGUAAAUGGAGUUUUAGUAUUUACCUUGGCAAUGAAGUUAACAAAAACCUAUUUAGUUUUACUUAAAUUGCAAACAUUUUAGU